AUGACGAGUGCUACUUUGAAUAUACUGGCUGCUGAUAAACUUAAUGGCAAUAAUUAUGCAUCUUGGAAAAAUACUAUCAACACUGUGCUAAUCAUCGAUGACCUUAGAUUUGUCCUAGUUGAGGAGUGUCCUCAAGUCCCAGCUGCUAAUGCAAUUCGAACUGUUCGAGAAGCAUAUGAGCGCCGAGCCAAGGCAAAUGAAAAAGCCCGAGCAUACAUCUUGGCAAGCUUAUCUAAAGUAUUGGCCAAGAAACAUGAAUCAAUGCUCACUGCUCGUGAGAUUAUGGAUUCCUUGCAGGAGAUGUUUGGUCAGGCCUCUUAUCAGAUCAAGCAUGAUGCUCUGAAAUACAUUUAUAAUGCUCGUAUGAAUGAGGGAGCCUCAGUGCGAGAACAUGUUCUCAAUAUGAUGAUUGCUUAUACCCCUACCACCCUUCUCAACAAGCUACAGACUUUCGAGUCUCUGAUGAAAAUCAAGGGACAAAAGGGAGAGGCAAAUGUUGCUACUUCCACAAGAAAGUUCCAUAGAGGUUUCGACCUCUGA